AUGCACGUCACCGCCCGCCGUAUCCGCCCAUCCCGCUUUGGGGCUUCCCCAGGGCGGCUGGCUCAGAGGGCCCUGGGCCGUCUCCCCCUCCGUCGCCUCACUCCUCACCCUGCAGCCUGGCAGAGCCCAGGCCUCCUACCCCUGUGCCCUAAGUCCGCAACCCCCAGGCCAAGCUCGCGUCCCCCAGACGCCCAAGACCAAGGUCGCCAAACGCCGCUGCCCACCACACGUGCUCGGGGCUUUCCACAACUAACGGCACCGGCGGGGCCCAGCCUGGCCCCCCUCCCUACGCGGGGCGGGCGGGGGGGAAGCCUCCCGCCUCUCCCUCAGGGUCCUCACCUCCGAGCUUGGCGCAGCCCGCGAUUCCUCUCUCUUCUGACCGGAGUGGGCUCCGGUCAGGCCGAGCCUCACGCCCCUCACGCGCCCAAGACGGAAGGCCAGCCGCGCCACGUACGGGAACCCUGCCUGGGGUCUCCCCGGGAUGACCGCACAGGUCGUCCGAGACCAGGACCCGAUGUCUGGGGUGAAAAACCCCUCAGUCCUAGCUCGGGGUCCUCGCCUUGGCUCUGGGCUCUGGCUGAGCCGCUCUCCUCUCUGGAGCUGAGCUCAUUGGCUGCAGCACAAGCCCCUCCCCUUCCCGAUAACUUCGAGGUGGACGUGAGGAAGCACGGAUGGCCAUCUGCUCCAGGGAGACGGAGGGUUGACGCCGGGCGCAGGUUUUCUGGGCUUCAUUCUGGGAGAAGACAGCAGCCCAAGCUCUGUAGUCAUCUUGACAUCUACAGGACACUCAACAUGCCACCGCCAAUUAAUCAAGAGCCAAGUCUAGGUGUUCGUAAUAAUGGAGGAGAAGAGGAAGGAGACUACAGCUUUGAAGUCUCAUCUCAGGCACUCUGCCUUCAGGUAAUAAGUCUAAUUUCUGCUCUUACCCACCAGAGCUUAAGCAACAAACGUAAGAGAUCAGGGUUGAGUUGUAAGCUGAAGAUCUUUAGUACUUAG